AUGGCGUUUCCUUGUUAUUCAGUAAGUGAUGAAGCACGUGCGCUGGACAGUCUUCUCCAAGAGUACGCAUUCCGAGCAUUUCCCGGUCCAAGCACGAAAACUGGCAUUGCUUAUAAUGGGUUUGCCCCAUCGAACCUCGCUGGGAUUGAGGUCUCGGCAAUGAGGCUUAGAAGUGGUAGCUUGAGAUCGCGAGGGGUUCGUAUGUACAGGGAAUUUGAAAUCCCAAUUGGAGUCCUUGAGCAGCCAUAUGUUGAAAGGCUUGUCUUGGUGUAUCAUAAUUUUCGGAAUUGGUCCGUAACGUAUUAUCCUCCUCCUCCCGGUUACACUUACUUGGCUCCCGUAUUGGGUCUUCUUGCGUACAAUGCUUCUUUUUCUUCUUCUUCUUCUGAAUUAGCAAUGGCUCCAAGGAUUCGUAUUCGUACAUCUCAUCAGCCCAUAUCAAUCAACUUCUCAGCAACUGCAGUGGGUUCGGAUCAAAUAGUGAAAAAGUGUGUUUUGUUUGAUGUGAACGGGUCAGUCAAGUUAAGCGAUGUGUCGUCAGGCAACAUCUGCACAACAUUCCAACAGGGCCAUUUUUCUAUUGUGGUUGAAGAGAAUAGUAACAGUAACAGUAAGAAGAGUAGUAGUUCAAGAAGAAAGGUGUGGAGGAGGAUUGUUAUGAUUGUUGGGUCACUUGUGGGAGGAUUUGCAUUGCUGGUUGUUUUGGGUUUGGUGAUAGUAUGGAUUAGAAAGCACAGGCAAAGGAAAAGAAUGCAUUAUAUGGAGAAGGCUGCAGAUAGUGGUGAAGCUUUGCAUAUGACCAGUGUUGGAAGCGGCAAAGCCCCGGCUGCUGCAGGGACUAGGACACAACCGACAAUCGAGACUGAAUAUGUGCCCUAG